AUGUAUUCGUUUGUGCCUGCGACCGCCCCAAGUCAUCCCCCGCUGGGACUCUACUUCUCCAGGGACGCUUACUGGGAGAAGCUGUACGUGGACCAGCCGGCCGGAACGCCCCUGCUCUACGUCCACGCCCUGCGCGACGCCCCCGAUGAGGUGCCCAGCUUCCGCCUCGGCCAGCACCUCUACGGCGCCUACCGCAAACGGCUGCACGAGAACGACUGGAUUCGCAUCGAGGAGGACACGGGCCUUCUCUACCUUCACUGGAGCCUGAACCACAGCUCCUGGGAGAAGCUCAGCAUACGCAAUGGCGGCUUCCCCCAGCUCACCGUCUACCUCCAGGUCUUCCUGUUGCCCACACCCCUGCGGGAGGGCGAAUGCCAUUGGCCAGGCUGUGCCCGCAUCUACUUUUCCUUGAUCAACGCCUCCUUCCCGGCAUGUGGCUCCCUCCAGCCCCGGGAGCUCUGCUUCCCCGACCGGGAGCCCUCCUUUCGGAUUCGGGAGAACCGGCCUCCGGGCACCUUUCACCAGUUUCGCCAGCUGCCAGUGCAGUUCCUCUGCCCCAACAUCAGCGUGGCCUACAGGCUCCUGGGAGGUGAGAACCUGCCCUUCCGCUGCGCCUCCGACAGCCUAGAGGUGAGCACACGGCGGGCCCUGGACCGCGAGCGCCAAGAGAAGUAUGAGCUGGUGGCCGCCUGCACAGUGCGCGUGGGCGCGCGCGAGGAGGAGGUGAUGGUGCCCUUCCCCGUGACCGUGUACGACGAGGACGACUCGGCGCCCUCCUUUCUGGACGGCGUUGACACCGCCAGCGCCGUCGUGGAGUUCAAGCGGAAGAAGGGCACUGUGGUGGCCACACUGCAUGUCUUCGAUCCGGAUGUGGUGCCAGCUUCCGGGGAGCUCCUGAGGCGGUACACGGGCACACUGCUCCCGGGAGAUGCCUGGGCCCUCCAGACCUUCCGUGUGGAGCACUCACCCAACGAGACCUUGGUCCAGGCCGACGGCGGCUUCAUUCGGGCAACGGUGCAUGACUACAGGCUGGUCCUCAACCGCAGCCUCCCCAUCUCGGAGAGCCGCUCCCUGCAGCUGGCUGUGCUGGUCAACGACUCCAGCUUCCAGGGCCCUGGGGAGGGCACCCUCCUGCUCCACUUCAACGUGUCGGUGCUGCCGGUCAGCCUGCGCCUGCCCAGCGCCUACUCCUUCACUGUGAGCAGGCGGGCCCGCCGCUUCGCCCAGGUUGGGAGAGUCUCUGUGGAGAACGGCCAGGAGUUCACGGGCAUCAACCUGCGGUAUGAGCUGCAGCUCUCCAGCGCCAACUGCAGCGCCCUGGGAGUGGUCACCUCGGCCGAGGACACCUCGGGGACCCUGUUCGUGAAUGACACGGAGGCCCUGCGGCGGCCCGAGUGUACCCAGCUCCAGUACACGGUGGUGGCCACCGACCAGCCAACCGGCAGGCAGGCCCAGGGCCCACUGCUCGUCACCAUGGAGGGGACGUACAUGGCUGAGGAGCCAGGCUGCCCCCUGUCCUGCGCCGUCAGCAAGAGGCGGUCCGAGUGUGAGGAGUGCGGUGGCCUGGGCUCUCUGACAGGCAGGUGCGAGUGGAGACAGGGAGACGGCAAAGGGAUCUCCAGGAACUUCUCCACCUGCUCCCCCAGCAUCAAGACCUGCCCCGACAGCCACUGUGAUGCCGUGGAGAGCAGCAACCCCAACAUCUGCCCCCAGGACUGCCUCCGGGGCAGCAUCAUUGGCGGGCAUGAGCCAGGGGAGCGCUGGGGGAUUAAAGCUGGCUUUGGGACCUGCAACUGCUUCCCUGAGGAGAGGAAGUGCUUCUGUGAGCCGGAGGACAGCCAGGACCCGCUGUGCGAUGAGCUGUGCCGCACGGUGAUCGCGGCAGCCGUGCUCUUCUCCUUCAUCGUCUCCGUGCUGCUGUCCACCUUCUGCAUCCACCGCUACCACAAGAACGCCCACAAGGCGCCCAUCGCCUCGGCCGAGAUGACUGUCCACCGGCCGGCCCAGGCCUUCCCGGUCAGCUACUCCUCGUCCAGCGCCCGGCGGCCCUCGGUGGACUCCAUGGAGAACCAGGUCUCCGUGGACGCCUUCAAGAUCCCGGAGGACCCCAAGUGGGAAUUCCCACGGAAGAAUUUAGUUCUUGGAAAAACUCUGGGAGAAGGCGAAUUUGGAAAAGUGGUUGAGGCAACAGCCUUCCGGCUGAAAGGCAAGGCUGGGUACACGACUGUGGCCGUGAAGAUGCUGAAAGAGAACGCCUCCCCAAAUGAGCUGCGGGACCUCCUGUCAGAAUUCAACCUCCUGAAGCAGGUCAACCACCCCAACGUCAUCAAGCUGUAUGGGGCCUGCAGCCAGGACGGCCCGCUGCUCCUCAUCGUGGAAUAUGCCAAGUACGGCUCCCUGCGGGGCUUCCUGCGAGAGAGCCGCAAGGUGGGGCCCGGCUACGUUGGCAGCAGAGGCAGCCGCAGCUCCAGCUACCUGGACAACCCGGACGAGCGGGCCCUCACCAUGGGCGACCUCGUCUCCUUCGCCUGGCAGAUCUCACGGGGGAUGCGAUACCUGGCCGAGAUGAAGCUCGUCCAUCGGGACUUAGCAGCCAGAAACGUCCUUGUAGCCGAGGGGCGGAAGAUGAAGAUUUCGGAUUUUGGUCUGUCCCGGGAUGUAUAUGAAGAGGAUUCCUAUGUGAAGAGGAGCAAGGGCCGGAUUCCAGUCAAGUGGAUGGCAAUUGAGUCCCUAUUUGAUCAUAUCUACACCACCCAGAGUGAUGUGUGGUCCUUUGGUGUCCUGCUGUGGGAGAUUGUGACCCUGGGGGGCAACCCAUACCCUGGGAUUCCUCCUGAGCGGCUCUUCAACCUUCUGAAGACAGGCUACCGGAUGGAGCGGCCUGACAACUGCAGCGAGGAGAUGUACAGCCUGAUGCUGCAGUGCUGGAAGCAGGAGCCAGACAAGAGGCCAGUGUUUGCCGACAUCAGCAAAGACCUGGAGAAGAUGAUGGUUAAGAGAAGAGACUACUUGGAUCUGGCCGCGUCCACCCCAUCCGACUCCCUGCUUUACGAUGACGGCCUCUCGGAAGAGGAGAUGCCCCUGGUGGACUGCAUGUCAGACCCGAACUGGCCUGAGGAGAGUCCUGUACCACUCACGAGAGCCGAUGGCACUAGCACUGGGUGUCCGCGCUAUGCCAAUGAUAGUGUAUAUGCUAACUGGAUGGUUUCACCCUCAGCGGCACAAUUAACGGACUCGUUUGAUAGUUAA